AUGUCUCUACAACGCCGGUCGUUCCCCCAGCUGGCCGUCCUCUUUUUGUUUUGUCUCUUCAUCUGUACAUCCCACGCGGGUUUCGUGGCUCCUAAAGUGGAAUUGCCUGAAGAGCCGAGACCCCAGCCAAAGACUGAAAGCGAAGAAGACCCUGGAAGCGGCUCGUCGGGGGGCAGCUCCGACAAUGAGUACUAUGGAGCCCCUGGCACCAUGAACAGCCAGAGUCCGCAAAACGACAUCAACCCGCCGCUGUUCUCCGACUCGAAAACCGCUAAAGAGCUCGCCGAGCAUGUAGAAGACCUGCUGGACGCGAUCGCCUCGGCGCAGUCGCACACUGCAACCCCCACGUCAUCCAGAUCGAUCUCCUCCCCCGCUGGAGCUCUCUUGCCCACUGCAACUAUGGCCUCCGCCGCCACCAUGGGCUGCAGCGUCUUCCAGAGUUACAUGAGCCUGUGUGCGCCCACGACCGUCCCCACGCCCAGUAGUACCAGCUCGGCGGCCGCAGCCCUGGCCACGGACUCGGUCUUCGCCUCGUGUGCCUGCUACUCGGCGUCGUACUAUGUCCCCGAGGCUCUGGACAACGCCGCCCUUGCUUGUGCUGGGUAUACUGCCGCUGGCUCGUCGGCGAUGCUGAGUACCGGCCUGGCCGCUGCGGCUACGUCUGCUUCGCAGCUGCAGGGCUUUUGCUCGACCGUUGGCAAUUUGCGGCACUAUUCGAGUACUCCGUUUGGAAAGGCCGCUCCUACUCCGACUGACGAGAAUAGCCGGGUGCAGCCUGAGUCCACGAGUACGGGCCAGGCGGGUAGGGUUGUGUCCUCUGGGUUUGGGCUGGCAGUUGCUAUGCUCGCUAGUCUUCUUCUGAUCUAG